AUGCCAGUCAGCGAGCAAUUGGUCAACCGCAGACAGAACUCACGCACGCACAAACGCUUGAUAUCUCACCUCUGGGCCGACUGGUCAACAUCAGCAACAUCAGCAACAGCAGCAGCAGCAGGCUUGUGGAAGGUUGUUCGCGAAGUUGAGCGUGUCGAUGACUUGACUCUGUUUCUACGACGGUGGCUGACUCCAGAGUUGACGCUGCAUUCGGAACGGGGGCCCCCUCCCUUUUGUCUUCCCUCCCUCAUCCCCCGCCGUCGUGGACGCUCGGCGACACCGUCCAUUGCAAGCAACGUCGUUCUAUGA